CGAAAUGUCAAACGAAAGCCUAGGUCUUGCGUGCGUUGCAGAGAACAACACCUCAAAUGCAAUGGCGAGAUACCCUGCGACUCGUGCCAGAAGUCCAAAUCACAAUGCGAUCCUACCAAUCAAGUUCGAUUCCGAACUGAGCCUCGAGCGAAGCGGUCGUUUAGCUUUUCACCGGAUCAGAAAUGGGUGAAUCCUAUGAAUAACCGCCAAUUGACAUAUGUCGAUAUGAAUCCGAGGGUCAAUCGCAAUGGAAACAGGACAGUCAGUGAGGGAGAUAGGCUCCCUACGACGAACGAUGGUCAGACAACAUCCCGUUCACUCGAUCAAGAGCACAGGAAUCCAACACCGCCAUCAUCGAAUAUAGCUCCUCUAGUUGACGACCGACAGACAAGAAGCAAGUACCCUCUUGGACCGCUACAUGGGCUAUCAGAUAGUUACACUGAUGAUGCUUAUCUCAGCUUGGAGGAGGCAUGCUUGAUUCGCCAUUUUGCAGAGAAUUUAGCCCCAUGGUUUGAGAUCAGUGAUCGAGAUCGUCAUUUCACCCUGUGCAUCCCCGAGAGAGCCAUGUUCUGUCCUGUCCUGCGUUAUGCUGUAUACACUGCUUCUGCAGGACACUUGAUGAGGUUAUCCCACUGUCGAGGGCAGUCUGUUGAGAAGAUUGUCUUUGAUGGGAUUCCAUUGCCAGGAUUGAACUUUGACUCUGCCAUUCGAUAUCAUGAUAUUUGCAUUUCAUACUUGAUUGAGAUUUCCAACGACCCGGAAGAGGAAUAUAACGAGGAUGUUCUGACAGCUGCUACGAUACUGCGGUUCUAUGAGCAGAUUGACGCACCUUCUACCGGCCACUCCGAAACCUAUCUUCAUGCAAUCCAAUUCAUCAUCAGCACGCAGCAUGACGAAUCUUUCUACGCAUAUCAGACCAUCCAAGGACCACCCCGCGAUGCAGAUGUACACAUUGCACCCUCCAUCUCACUCCGCCAUUCAGCCUGUCUCAUUGCUCUCCGCCAGGAAAUAUGGAGUGCCUUCCUAUUCCAACGUCCCGUCCGACUACCCAUAUCACCCAGCAAUGACUACACAUCCUGGGACCCAGCCAGCGAUUUCGUCUGGACCAACCGAAUCUUCGUCUGGGUAGCCGAUCUCCUCGGUUUCUGCUUCGGAAAUCGCACAAUGACACCAGAGGAAUCCCUCCAACGGUGGCUAUCCCUAAAAUCCGUAGAACAAAGAUGGAAAGCCGAAAAGCCACCGUCCUUCAAACCAAUCUACUACCGCAAAGAAGAUCCCCAAUCAGGCCGCUACUUCCCAGGAAUCUGGCACAUGAAUGAGUGUCAAGUCGCAGGGGCACAGCACAUGGCAUUAGGGAGGAUUCUCCUCGCCGUAUCCGACCCAACACGGGUAUCGCGAUUAGGCAUCGGGGCUAUAUCGCGGAACAUGUCACUACAGGAAGAGUUGCGGGGUAUAACUCGGGAAUUGUGUGGGCUGGGCAUCUCGAAUGCAAAGUGCCCCGUUGCGAUAGUCACGGCUGUAGUGGGCAUUUCGGUGUGCGGGGAGUACUUUACAGACGCCGGGGAACAGGAGGCGAUGGUGAAGAUCAUGGAGCAUUUGGAGUUUGAGUAUGCGUGGCCGACGGCGGCGACGAUUCGGGCGUUGAGGAGUGCGUGGAUGACAUCGUUGUGAAUUACCUGGAAAUAGCAUAGAUCAAUAGAAUUUC